AUGAACGCGUUCCAGGCCGGCCUUAACACUUUGCAAAGACAAACAGUUCGCUCCGCACAUGAUAUAAUACCGCGAAUGACGGGAGAUGUCGGGAUGAUUGAGACUUACAGUCAAUACGCGGACGAACUGCAAGUUUGCAAGCUUGAUGAGCUAAUUGCAGCUCAGUGCUGCAAAUCUAACCCAAAAGGUUUCCGACCGAUUGUGCACAGUGAAGUCCUUCUUCUCGACUGGCUACGCAAACAGUUUGCAGAGGACACUCACUCCAUCCCUUUCUAUGAGGGUAACAAAUACAUCGGUUGCAGCAAGCCCACCUGUCGACUUUGCGAGUACUAUUUCGCUGCUCACAGCAGCGGUGUCAGAGUUCGCUCGCCUCACCGCAACGUAUACCGAAACUGGGCUGUUCCCGAUGCUUUGGUAGAGGGAGACAGCUCACGAUACAAAGACAAAAUGAUUGAUGCGGUUUUGGCAAAGGUCCGCGAAGAUGCCCUCACUGCGCUUAGGGAGAAAGUAUGUGUGAGGAAGAGAUUCGACUCUAACACGUACUCGUCGAUGCCAACAUGUCAGUCGCUUACUGGCAUCCCAGACACCCUAGAUGACCUGUCGUCCCGGAUCGGAGGCUUGUCCAUCUCGUCGCACGUGCACUCACGCGUUCACCCGUCUGUCGUGAAGAGCAUACCCGUAUCGAGCAACAUUGAAGACACUCGUAGCGUCACUGCUCACGAAAAAAACGGUGGUAGCGAUGAUGAAAGUGGUGGUGUACUGGUCUUCGCUGGUCGCAACAGGCGUCCCUAG